AUGGCUGUGGCACUCAGACAGCUGCGGGAAAACGCCUCCCUCGAUGUUGUGGUGAAGCCUGACAGUCUGACAAGGCAGUCAGAUAGCAUUCGCUCAAUUAGCCGCAUUCGCAGUGAGACAGUGCAAAAAAGGAGCGAGAUUCAACGUCUCACUGUGCUCUUACGUCGUGAUGAGGAUAAAGUUCGGUUGAGGCAGGCACGUUUGGAUAGACUUCUAAAGGAAAAAGCCAACUGGGAAAAGGAAGUGGAUGCCGUUGUCCCUCUUUUGCCGGGCUCUAAGGAUGUAUCGGAACUCAAGACACGACUAAUCACGGCUCGUGAGUGUGGACUGAAGGCCGCAAACAAGGUCAAUGACGCCGAUGCAUUCCUCACACUCGCUGCCGAAGCACUACAGGGGAGAGAUCGCGGUGAGGCAAAACAAAGGCGGGAUUAUCUGGAAAUGAAGCAGUCCAUCAAUUCUCUCUCAAGAGAAAUUCUUCGCUUGAGGAAACACCUGGGAAGGUUGAACAAAAAUGUAAAAGACGUGGAUGUAAAAAGUAGAUCACCAAGCCUACCUAACACAGUGGGGAGUUUCAGUAUUCGUCUUGAAAGUCCAAGUGAGGUUGAGAAACUAAAGGAUGAAAAAAAAAGGCUCAAGGAGCAGAUGAGGGAAGCGAAUGAAGCCUACCUCAAGGCAGCUCAGCGAGAAGCACAGGUUGUAACUCUGCUCACAUCUCUGGAGAGGCGGGCGAUGAAAACAACGCCACUGUUGAGGUCGUCGUUGGGGCCAAAACAGGGAAAUGAAAUAGCAAAUGAUGCUGGUGAGAAAAAUGACGUUUCUUUUGCGUCACCACCCGAGGCGGGUCACUUGCUCGCCGUUUCAGUGAGCCAUCCGAUGGCAGCAGGAAUCGAAGCCUCUGUGCACCCGCGAAAAAGUGGGGAGAAUUCCUCAUUUCAUGAUUCUGUGGGAAGAACGAAUCGUCAGCGAAGAGCUGUGUCUUUCAUACCUAAGGAUGGGGUUGGGUCGGGGGACUAUUCUGAACGAGAAAUGUUGGCGCUAGAGGUUGAGCGAUUGGCCGCGCAGUACGCACAUCUGAAACGAAGAGUUGGGAAGAUGCGAAAGAGCCUUGCGUAG